AUGGAAACUUUGACUGCAAUUAAUCUGCGGAUUAACAAGAUCGGAAAUUAUGAGUUCAAACAGGCUCUCAACGGACAAAGCGUCCCCCGUGGUCUUGGGCAAGAAAAGAUCGGAAAAUGUGUCAUUCGAGGUGUCAGAUAUCAUCCUGGAUUUGGAACAGAACUGCGAGGUCUACUUCCCGAAUGUCACAUUGCUGAAGAGGCGCGAGGGAGCGGACACAGCGCUAUAUAUGACGACAUUAUGGGCGCGUCGGUGAGAUACAACGCCAUGAAUGAUUACACCAGGGAGAUUUUCGCGCCUACUGAGGGCCAUCUCAUCGGGGAUACAGUCGUCUGUAAGUAUCUUGACAUUCGGUUUACGUACAAGAGAGGAACAAUUGACUAG